CCUCCGCGGCGAAACGCGGCGAAAACAAGCAGUGACGUGUUCGUGAGUGCAAAAUGCUGAGAAAACAGUGAAAAACUCGCAAAUUUGGGCACUUUUCCGCAAGACAGCGCCAUGGAUUUCUUCCAGAGAGGACUCAAGAGUGUCCUGGGGGCGCCGGAAGCCGGCCAAUUGCCUAGUGGAGCAGAAACUGUGGAAAAAUUGGUGGAUAGGGUGUCAUCGUCAACGCUCCUUGAGGACCGACGUGAUGCCUGCCGUGCCUUGAAGGCCCUCUCAAAGAAAUAUCGGAUUGAGGUUGGGGCCCAAGGGAUGCCGGCUCUUGUGCAGAUCCUGGAGACUGAUAGGGCAGAUUGCGAAAUCAUCGGCUAUGCGCUCGAUACUCUGUGCAACAUCAUUGCCCCAGAGCAAUUUGAAGAGGAAAUGGAAAAUCCCACUGUUUCAGUGAAUGUUGGAGAGCAAUUCACUGAGAUGUACAUCAAGAAUCCCGAGAAUGUGGGCCUUGUUCUCUCCUACUUGGAGGAAUACGAUUUCCGCGUGCGAUGGCCAUCAAUAAAGUUUCUCACGAAUCUCCUGGAGUACCGACCCAAGGAUCUGCAGGAGAUUGUACUCGUGAGCCCAAUGGGAGUGUCGAAGUUGAUGGAUCUUCUCAGUGACAGUCGCGAAGUGGUGAGAAACGAUGCUCUCCUGCUGCUGAUUCAGCUGACAAAGGGAAAUGCCAAUAUCCAGAAAAUUGUGGCAUUUGAGAAUGCCUUUGACCGUCUCUUUGACGUGAUUCGGGAAGAGGGAUGCUCUGAUGGAGGCAUUGUUGUGGAAGACUGCCUGAUUCUGAUGCUGAAUCUUCUAAAGAACAACUCAAGCAAUCAGCAAUUCUUCAAGGAAGGCAGUUAUAUUCAACGCCUGGCGCCGAUGUUCGAGAUGCCACCUGAAUUGGAAGAGACCGGCUGGACUCCACAGAAAGUAUCCAAUAUUCAAAUAAUGCUUCAAGUGGUGAGAUCUCUGGUCUAUCCCGGGAAUUCGCAUCAAAUUAUCGCAUCGUGUCAGAAGACAAUGAGGAACUGUGGCUUCCUGGAGGCGCUAUGUGGCGUGCUUAUGGGCAGCGGAGUUCCGGCUGACAUCCUCACUGAGACAAUAAACACCGUGGGAGAAGUUGUUCGGGGAGAUAUGAACAACCAGGAAUUCCUGAGCCUUGUCAUGGCACCCAGCAAUCCUCCGCGGCCAGCAAUUGUUGUUCUCCUGAUGUCAAUGGUGAAUGAGAAGCAGCCACUGUCACUGAGAUGUGCAGUUCUAUACUGCUUUGAGUGUUUCCUGUAUCGCAACGAGAUUGGUCAGACUGCUCUCGUACAGACUCUCCUGCCGUCAUCCACAGAAGUGAGUAGUCUUACUCAGGGGCAGCUCUUAUGCGACGGACUCUUUAGCACAGACGCUCUAGCCAACUGGUUUAGCGCUGUGGCUCUGAUGCACGGUCUAAUUGAGAAUCCAGCGCAAAAGGAGCAACUCCUGCGAGUGUUAUUGGCCACAGCCAUGGGAAGUCCUCCGGUGUCUCUUCUGCAACAAUGCACAACCCUGCUGCAACAGGGAAACUACCGAGUGCAGAGCAAAAUUGGUCUUCUUAUGCUAAUCUGCACAUGGCUUUGUCACUGCCAAUUGGCCGUUAAGGCCUUUCUAUCAGCGCCAAACAGUGUGGCUUUCCUCAUUGCCCAGAUCAGUGCCAAUGAACAUGACGAGAAUGAGUAUCUCAUCCAGGGACUUUGUGCCUUCCUCAUGGGCAUCUGCAUACAAUUCAACGACAACUCUGUGACCAACUACCGCCGCGAGGAUCUGUGCCAGCUGGUCGUGAAACGCAUCAGUUGUGAGACUUUCCUCACCAAACUCGGUGAAGUGUCGAAGCAUGAGAGCUACAGCAAGGCUGCCAAACAGCCACAGAUUCGCUUCAGGGCACCCACAGAAGUCCUUCUGGAUCAUGAGUUCUGCAAACUCUUCAAAGCACUCGAGGCGAUCGUGGUGAAGACAGUCACAUCUAUUGGCACCGAAGGCACGAACAUCACAGAACUUACGCUGAGUCAGGAGGCUUCGGGGAUUGUGGGACAGUACAAGGACAUCAUAAGAGAGCAAGACACGAAGAUUGCAGAAUUGCAAUCGACGAUUAAUAGGUGUGACAGAGAUGCGGAGGAGACCAGGCGAAAGUUGACUGAAGCACAGGCAUCCAAUGCUCAACUUACGGAUGCAAACAUCCUGCUGAAAGCUCAACUGGCCGCUGCCACGGACCUCGCACAGCAGCUGCAAACUAGUCAGGUCAAUCACAUUGGCAAUCACGUGGCAGCCCUCAAUAUUACGGGAAAUGGACAUCAAGAGCCACAUGGACACGACAAUCCCCAUCUUCAGCAGUAUCAAGCGGAGAAUACCAGACUCCAGCAAGAAGUUGAGAGACUCUCGCUGACACUGAGGGAGUUCCAAGUGAAGUUCACUGAAGAAUUGAUUGAGAUGGAGAAACUGAGAAAGGACCAGGAAGAUCUAUUGGAAAUGCUGACAGAUCAGGACAUCAAAAUAAAGCAGUAUCGACAGCAGUUGCGGGAACUGGGGGCACAAGUUGACGAGGCGUCUGACGAGGAUGACUCUGAUGAUAAUCCCAAUGGCGCAACAAAUGAUGCUCUCAAGUAGAAUGUCCGUUAUUCCCAAGUGACUCUGUUUUAUUGUUUCGCGAUUUAUCAUAUAUUAUCUCUCAUUCCUAUCAAAGGUAUUGAUAUUUUCCUAA